AGCUGGCGGGCGUGACGCUGCCCCCCUCCCUGCGCCACCUCACGCUGCUCGCCUGGCCCUGGCGGCUGCUCGCCGCCUUGCCGACCGGCGUGUGGAGCAGCAGGUGGUGGAGGAGGUGCUGCCGCCCCUCACACAGCUGAGAGUGCUGCACAUCAAUUGGAACAUAGUGACCCAUGGGCCACCCGACGUCGAUGGCGGCGACAGCAGCACCAGCGGCGGCGGUGGGAAGGGCGUACCUGGUCACAUGUCAGAUAGUAACAGCAGCGGGGGCGGUGGCGGCAGCAGCUGCAGCAAGAGCAACAGUGAUGGCGGUGGCAGCAGGUGGCGCCUGCCCGCCUUGCCUUUACUGGAGGAGCUGAGUGUGGCAUGGAUGAGGGAG